GGCGCGCCCCCACCGCAUCACAUGAGGGGGCAGCGCGGCCGUUCGCUCUGCCCCGGCGCCCGCCUGCCUCCCUCCUCUCGCCGCCUCGCCGCAGCCCGGGCGCAGCUGAGUCAAAGCGCGGAUCAGGUUCCCUGCCUCCAGUAUAAAAAUCUCGGCGAGAAAUCUCCGGCGGGAGAGAGAGACGGGGCGCGGGAGGAGCGGGGCGUGAGGCGGCGGCCGGCGAGCCUGUCCGUGGGGAAGCGAAGGGACGCGCUGCGGCGGUAGCAGCAGCAGCAGCAGCCGCUGCUCACCGGGGACGCCCGCGGCUCGCCCCUCUCAGCUGCGGGAGAAGAGCCUUUCGCCGCCCGAAAAUGCAACAGCAACAACAGCAACGUCGAAUGUUCACAGCUGCCCUCCUGGCACUCGUUUUCAUUCUGGCAGCUGUGAGUACCACCGAGGCCGGCAAAAAAGAAAAACCAGAGAAAAAGGCGAAGAAGUCUGACUGUGGGGAAUGGCAGUGGAGCGUCUGUGUGCCCACCAGUGGUGACUGUGGCCUGGGGACGCGCGAGGGUACUCGCACUGGAGCUGAAUGCAAACAAACCACCAAGACUCAAAAGUGUAAGAUUCCCUGCAACUGGAAGAAGCAAUUUGGAGCAGAGUGCAAAUACCAGUUCCAGGCCUGGGGAGAAUGUGACUUGAAUACUGCCUUGAAGACUCGAACCGGGAACCUAAAGAGAGCCCUUCAUAAUGCUGACUGCCAGAAGACUGUCACAAUCUCAAAGCCCUGUGGGAAGCUUACCAAACCCAAACCUCAAGAAUCCAAGAAGAAGAAAAAGGAAGGCAAGAAACAAGAGAAGAUGCUGGAUUAAUGGAGCCAACUUGGGCAGUGUGAGAAAGGGACAUCAGCAAACAUGAUCAGUUAACAGUUUCAUUUAUACCUAGGCAUUUUAUCCUAAAAUUAUUUAUAGCUUAAUGGUACCAUAGGAGGAAACAAGCAAACACAGAAAAAAAAAUUCCUUUUUUAUUACUUUAGUAUUUUUAAUGUAUAACCCUAACAGCAAUUUUUAGAGGCCUGUAAUAAAGGACUCCAAACUCAUUUAGAAAAUCAUGUCUAUUGUAUAUUGAACAAUGUAGAGGUUUUUAAAAUAUUUUUUUCUCAAGUCUUGCCAUAGGUCUCAAUCUGUCCAUGCAAACAGAACCUGAACAUGUGUGGAGCUCCACUGAAGCCAGUGGUGCCCUGUGUGAACAUAGAAGUCUGGCUGGAUGCAAUUAUAUUUAUGAUUGGGACCUUAUAUCUGAAAAGAAACAGACUUAUUUCUUAAGUUCUUAUUACUUCUGGAUAACUGUAUGAAAUUAUUUGUUUAAGGAAAGGAUGGGGGCAUUUUGUUGAGUAUUUACAGGCAUAGAAUUUUUUAGAUGUGUGGUAAAUGUUCAUUCCAAAAUGCCACCAUCUCCAGGUAAAAAACAGUAGCACUCCUAUUCUUGGCCAUAUUUUGGAUGUUGGCAGUAAAAAUGCUGAAAUCUUUCAACGUAGAAGAGGCCUAAUUUUUCAUGAUUUUCUAGCAAUGAUUUUUCCAAGUGGAAUGAUAGCAAAACUUUCCACUUUUUAGCAUAUCAACGCUGGCGGAUGGUAGUGUCCUCUGUUUUACCUAUCAAAGCUGAAAAAUGCUUUCUUUUAUUUGUUUAUUUUGCCAGAAGGGAGAAUAUACUUUUCACAAAAAUCUAGCUGACAUUGUUGCAAUUCUUCCUGACCCAACUCUUUUUUAUAUCAGUGGGAAUUUUUCUGUUGAUUUUAAUUAUAGCUGGUUGAAAAAUAAUAUGUGUGGUGGGAAGUAACAAGAAAUCCAUUUGGAAACUGCCUGAGAUAGUUCAUAUUUUUGACCAAAAAAAAAGGACAGUUUGUGGGACUUGAAACCAAUAGGAAUUAAAUUAUUUUUUGUUUCUCUCUUAGUAAAGCAGAAGGGAAAUAUAAAACCAGUACCUUUUGCUUUCUUCCAUUUUUAGAGAAGCAAAAAAACCUUGGAGAAGCUCAGUCAAAAUACAAAUAGUUUUGUGAUUUUUUAAUUUUUUUUUUUAAAUGGUCUGCAGGGGGAAAAAAAAAAGAAAAAUCAUAACCAGCUGGUUUUGAGUUUGUUCAAUUUUACCUGUUUCAAAUGAUAAUAAGUCCUGAGAAAAGUGACAAAGUAGAAAAAAGAUCUGACAAAGGGCUGGUCUGUCCCCAGGUAAAGGGUUGUUUAACAAACUAAACAACCAGCAGACCAGACUUUUUAGAGGAAACAUAAGGGAUUUCAGUUCCCACAUUAAUUUCAAAAUCAUUGCUUUUAAAUUCUAAAUCUUAAAAUUCAACAUCAAGAAAUAAACUUUGCCAUUUGGGUAGGCUGCAGGCUUGCCUGCUGGUCAAGAGGAACAGUCUCCCUUGCACUGCUGCGGGUACCCACUGACUUCAGCGAAGCUGCAGCAGAGUAUGCUCAUCCGAGUAAAUCCCAUUGCUCUCUUGGCAUUAGCUUGUAGACAAGCAGAGGGUCUUUCUUCCAAACUAACAUCGCUCCCCUUUUCUAUGCAAAAAAAUUGUAACAAUUGCAGACCUUGCCCUCUUUUUUCUCACGUGGAGGGUAUGGCUGAUCUGAACUCACGGUGAGGCAAGUCCUUCUGUAGACGUUCCCAAACCCUUUUGAAGCCAGCUAGCCAAGGCUGCACACAGCUCAAGGUAGACUAGCCACACAAUUAUUUCCCAGACUCCUUGGGUGUGUUUUGCAGUCUGUGUUAAUGUCCUUGUUAUUUUGACUACACUGUUAGACAUACUUGAGCCAGUGGUAUAGCUAAAAAUGUCCCCAACAUGUGGUGGAUGUGCAAUGACCAAAUCCAAAAUCAUAAAGGCUCAUAUUUGGCUGGUUCUGGGUGCUAUUUGGUUUGUUCAUGGUCUGAUCAGGUCUACCUGUGCUUGUGCCUCAGAAUUAAACUAAUGGAUUGGUAGGUCUGAUUGACAGCAAAGGGAGAAAGAAGCUUUUUCACUCACCAAAGGUUUGUCUGUCUAAAUGCUGCAUCAGUGCACUUAAAGUGGUUCAGCUUUGAGUGCAAACACUGUUGCACCAUUGUCUUACACUGGUUAAUCUAGUCCAUGUUUCAUGGGGAGCUGGCAGGGGCUGGGAAUGAUGCUGAGACCAACAGUUUGACUAUCCUUUAGCAAACCUUAGAUGUGACUUCUGAUUUCCACCUCUGUGAGUAAGAAGAAAAUAAAUUCCCCUGUGUUUCCUCUGACACCUUAUGGCCCUUAUGAUUAACUGCCCAUCUGGCUUGUUAAAGGAACAUUCCUAAUCGUUUGAAGGAGUUCAGUUCCUAUGGCGGUACAGGGCCUCCAUGGAGAGAGUUUACAGAAAGCAAAGAAACAAACAAAAAAAAUACCAUGUUAGGACCAGAAGAAACUGCAGCAGUCCUGGUAGCAAAGGGUGUGAAAUAGGAGAACACUUCCUCUGUACUACUCAGCCACAUACGUUUGGAUCUAUAUUGUCAUCUUGUUGACAGUAAUUGGAAUUUUAUCUGUCAUAGUUUAUAAACAGUGAAGAAACUUUCCAAGAAACCAGCAGAAAACAUUCUGUGGAAACUCUGGCUAUGAAGGAGAUGAUAAAAGUAAUUCAUGGCAGAACAUAGAGGAAGAUUGAAUAGAACAGGUCAGUCAGGUCAGCGCUGGUACCUAACAGGUACCUGGUACCUAACAGAACAGUCGCUUCACUAGUGACGUUACCAAGACAGCAGUAGGCAAGUAUCUCAACAAAACCUCUUCCCACCCUAUCUUGCUCAGUUUCCACUUGGGUCAUUCUGAAAUUUCUCCUUAUUUGCUUUCUAAUCUUCUACCCUCCUUCCUUCAGGAGGGUAAGCUUGUCUGACAGUGCUGUGGGGGCAGCAACUUCAGAUGAAAUGUGUGUUUUACCCUCUUGGUGCUAUCCUGUUACAGUGGAAAAUGACUUAGCAUAGAUGUGUUGCUUAGCUAGUUUAACCGACUGAGGCUUGUUUCAUGAAUGUCCCUCUCAAGAAGUGGUUUCCAUCUUCAUUUGCCUCAGCUAUAAUAUGGUACGGGGAGAGGAUAGAAAUUCCCCAAAUGACAGCCUUUUUCUGAGCACUCAAAUCUCUUGGAAAAGAGAGGGGUGAGUUGCUGAACAUCAGCUAAGGAUGAAUCUGCAUCCAGACUCCGAAUUCUAGCAAGUUUAAACUUAGGGGAAUUUGGGUAUAGCUCCCUUCCCUUCAUCUAAGGAGGCUGAGCCACGCUUGUAAGCAAUUAGGCCUGUCUGUAUCUUGAUUCAAAACAAUGCCUGAGGAUUGGGGCAUUUUCGGACUUUGACACGUCUCCUGACAGAAGUGCCCAUAUUGAAAGAAAAUCAUUGCUUGUCAGCCCUGCAUAUUUAACAGACUAUUAAGUGCAGCAGCACUACAGGGCAAGGCUCCAGGAAGAGAAAACAUUUGUUGUACAUGCAGGUAGAUACUAAGUUGUAACUUACUGGUUCUCAUCUUCUAAUUCCAUAAUGACAUUCUGGACUGUACUGUUUUUCAAAGGAGAAAAAUUAGAAGAAAUGAAAGAAUAGUAAUAAUGAACCAUAUCAACAGACAGUGUUGGAGACUUUGUCAAGAAGAGACAAGUAUGAAGUCAAGAGCAUUUUGUACAAACUUCUUUGCAUGCUCCUUGAGUAGGGAUGGCAGGAUUACUGGCUGGCACAUUUGUUUUUAUGCUUUGCUUGAUUUGUGCCUUAAUGAAAACUAAUCAAAUGUAGAAUGUUACAGAGAAGUUCCACUCCAACCUCAAAAGAACGUGUCCAACAGGAGGCAAUGUCAAAAGGAGACAAUAGUAUGUCUGUCUUUUCUGGUUUAGGAAUGCAAGUUAUGAUGAUGUUGACAGGAGAAAACAUAAUGUAUUUCUUUAACUUUGGUGUAUAUCCUUCACCACUUGGCAUGUGGCAAUGGACAAUUCAAAUAAAACAAUGGAGCAUUAGGAUGAACUAAAAGGAAGUGAAUACUUAUGGAGACUGUUUAUGGAAACAGGCCUAUAAAACUCCUGAAACUAACCAUGCUGCUAGCAGGGAGCUUUGAAGGUAAACAUUGUGUAGCAUUCCCAUUUCUUUAAUGGAAUUCCUUAACGUAUGAUGAACUUCGUCUAAGUUUCCUUAGUCUAAUGUCAACGAUGAGGGUGGGACAGAAGCCAACCUGACUUUGCCUCAGUCUAGGAACUGCAAUAACAUUAACAAUGUAAACCUGCCACUUGUCUAAAGCAAAAUAUUGGGGAGGUACAUCAUUUUAACGUGACGCAGUAGUCUUUCACAUGUCCCAAAUUCUUAUAGGAAGGAGAAACAGUAUGUCAAUGGGGGUAGGUAUCACAUAUUUAAUCGUUUUAAACUCUCCAGGACAGCAUCUUCUGUGAACUUCUGUGUUCCCUCCUUUGCAGGGACAGAUUAUACCUGUUGUCUGCCUUCCCCCAGUCAUCCCUAAUUUUGAUAGUAUCUUUAGAUUUUCUGUCAGUUCUCCUCUCAGCCAAACUUCUGUGGAUAUUGUGAAACCUUCCUCAUGCUUGAGGCUGUAUUCUCCAUUUCCUCCUGGAUUGUUGCAGAACAGCCCCAGCAAGCCCCUACCAUCAGGUACCUCUCAUUGUGUCCUUCUAAGAUUAAAAGGCGCAGUAGCAACUUGUUUAUCAGAAGAUGACAAUGAUCAAGGAAAUAUGAGCAAAGAGAUUCCCUGGAUUCAUUGGGAGGGUGGCUUGCUGGUAGAACCUUUGCAAUAGCUCAACCUGGGCGAGGCUUCCUAGGGGAUAGAAAUGCAUCACAUUUGAUUGAAAAUCAGAGAGAAUGAUGAAAGAAUGUCAGCCCUUAAACAGAAAAACACCGUAGCUAGAUAAGCGGUGGCAAGAAGCUACCUCCUUUCCCACUGUGUCCUCUUUUACCAUCAAAUUAAAAGGAAGAGACAUGGCACAUAGAACUUCAGGGAUAGUGGAAGACUUGCCUGAGCAAAGUAGAGCGUGGAUAGAGCCUCUUCAACCCCAUGGUUGUUUGCAUUUGGAGAAGCAACAGAAAAUUUUGUGUGUUUUUGGACCAAAACUAAAUGAUGCUGAAGUCUAAUCAUUUUCCUAAUGUCUCCUUUCUGCUAUUCUUCAAAAAUGACAGUCUGCCUUGUGGCCUCAUCACUCUGACCUGAGCAGAAAUGAGAUAUUUCAAGGAAAACAUGGGAAUUCAACUGUUCAACUAUCAUUAUCUCAUUGGUGGGGCUGUGCAAUCCUUUCUCCCUUUCUGCAGUUUGCCAUUCAAAAGUGUAGUGUCUUGGGGUCCCAGAUGGCUAAAAACUCAGUAGGUGUCUGCCAGCCUUUAAAAUGCUUGGCUUGGAGUGAGUUGCCUAUGAAAAACCUGUACCUACAGUUCUUAUUUCUUUCUUAAAAAACCCCACAGUAACAAACAAAACCCACAACAAAACUGAAAGUUUGUGUCCAAUGUAUAAAUUUACUGAUGAGAUAUAAAACAGAGGCUCCCAAGUAUUCCCAUUUCAGAAGGUCAUUCAAAGUUAAAGACUCUACAGAAGCUUUAGCCCUGAAUUCUGUGAUACAAAGCUAGGAAAAUGGAUAGCCUCUGCGGGGCUGUCUUACCCAUAGCCAAUUUCAUGCAAUUAAUUACACUGUUUGAAUUCCCUCACCCUAAUCUACCUGGCAACAAGACAUUAUUUAACUUUUCUCAUUAGGUCGUUCAUUACACUUCCCAUAUUAUAAUUACGUAGUUCAUCUAGAUUUUUGCAGCUAAAGGAAAUGGCUCUGAUAAUCCAGAGUGUGUUGCGGUUGCUGAGGGGACCUGAAGCAGAAGCAGACUAGUGCAGCUGCAGCUUGGAUCUGGAAACCACCUAAGGAGGAUGUCAGCAUCAGGCACAGCAGCUCUCUAAAUAUGCAUGCAUACAUACUGCCUAUAUGUAUCCACAUAUGGGGAAGCAAAACUCUAUUAAAAAGUGCAUCCAUAACUCAAAACGUGUCUCACAACUAGUGCUGCCACGUUUCCAAGCUAAAGUAGAAGUGAAAGAGCUUUUUGCCCUGUGGUGUUAUUUACAUGAGGAUGCAAGAGUAGUAUAUAGGAUGAAGAGCUAGGUUUCUUCCCACUCGCCAGCAUAUCAGUUUAAGGAUAGCGGUGUCUGAGGAAGAUGCACAUGCCAAUGAAAUGGCCAGUAGGACUUAGUAUCAGAGUGAUGUUCUCUUCUGUCACGCCAAGUACAUGGAAGGGCUUUGUUCAAAGCCUCAAAGUGGAUGAACUGCUUCAGUUAGGUGUGAACAUAGAAACCCAGGCAGAAAAAGUCUUUUUCUCUGCCAAUAAAAAGUGAGGAAAAUGGGGAAAAAAAAAGGAAAAAAGUAAACCAGAAAUCCUCUUGAUACUUGUAGUUUGGGUAUUAAACAGAAAGAAGGAAUGAAAGUCAAAAUAACAAAUUAAAGCCUGAAUUUCAUGUUAAAUGGAUUUCUAAUUCUGUAUAUAUCUAUUAAACCAGUGCUAUAUGAUAUCCUCUCAUGGGUUACUCUCUUUUUCCUGUUCCUUUUCCUUUUUUUUCCAGUUUGUAUAUUGAUUUUGUAAGCUAGCAGUGUGUUACCUUUUCAAUUUUUUUUUAAACUUGUAUGAAAGCCAUAUAUCCGUAUUGUAGAAUGAAAACAUUAAUCCUGUAACAUCCCUUAAUGUUUCCCUUAGCUCUGUGGGAUUGUGGGAGGUUCUAGAGAAUGUAUAUGUUUACCAAUUGUAUCGACAUAAUUUACUUGCUCUUAGUGGCGAUAAAGAAUUAAAUAAACUAAUACACAGAA